AUCUUACUAUCAUGCUUUAGUCAAAUCCGUUACAGAGAGAAAUUAUUUGUGUCUUUGUCUUUGUCAGAGAGAACAUAGAGCCAAAUUCACAUAAGUGGGCACAGCCAAGUCAAUGGAAGUUACAGAAGGGCUGGAUUUGACCUAUGGCCUUGAAACUAAUGAGCCAGGUCCCAUACCAGGCAUGCUGCAGGUUAUUUGGGGUGGGUGUUGGAGACAACCAAUGAGAGCAAUUGGGGAGAGCAUGACUAGAAUGUUAUGUUUUUCAUAAUAGCGGUUCCCACCAGUAGGAUUGGGGUGGAGUUUGCCAAUAAAGCACAGAAAUAAAUGCUGAAACACAGCAUUGGGAGAGUGCACACAGCUUGGAGAAAGGAACGGGAACGUAACAGCUAGAGGGGGAGAAGGACAAUAGGGCGUAGACUUCAAAAUCUCAAGAGAGAUGAUCAAGUCCUUCAAACAGACAUUUUUGUCGCUGGAGCUGCAGUCACCCAGGUGGAAUUCAGCAGAGAUCGCGGUGCAAGAUUAUGAGCUGCGUCACUACGAGACGGCCAAAUGGGCUAGCACAGUAAUUAAAGGAGAGACGCAAAAGGAGGCACUGCGCCAGGGCUUCUGGAAACUCUUCUACUACAUUCAGGGGAAGAAUGAGAAAGAGGUGAAGAUUGAGAUGACUGUGCCAGUUACGUGCCUGGUGAAAUCUGGUUGCACAGACUUCAAGAUCUCAUUUUUUGUGCCAUUUGAACAUCAAGACUCCCCGCCACAGCCCACAGAUCCAGAUGUCUUCAUUGAGGAGCGGAAGGGAGAGGCCAUCUUUGUCAGGUCCUUUGGUGGAUUUGCCUCUCCAGAGAAGUAUGCUGAGGAAGCCCAGGCACUGGCCAGAAUCCUAAAGAAUGUGGGUCAGUCAUUCCAUGAAGACUUCUAUUAUACUGCUGGCUAUGAUAGUCCCUUCAAGCUCUUCAAUAGGCACAAUGAAGUGUGGUAUUUCAAGAAGUAAUACGGGAGUGUUGGAUGAAGACAGACCUUGCUUGUGCCUUUGGCUUCCAUGAUUUUGUAUGUACUGAAGAGAAACUUUACUCAUAUAGACUUGUGUAUGUGCUAGCCAAUGUGCAGAGGCCUCCCCAUUCCAUUUCACCUAGAACUAUAGAUCAGACACUGGCUUCAAAAACCCGUGUCCCAAAUUUCUGUGCUUCUUAACAUAUCUUCAAGUACAAAAUGCAGAAGGCUGCCUCUGUUUUGAUCAAUUUUAGAGUCUAUUCAGACCCACUGCUCUCUCAGGAGUAGCAGGUGUGUCUCCAAAUCCAUUGAACAUAGAGAACAGCCAUGAUGUGAAAGUGUACAAUUUGUGACUAAGUGAUUUAGGAGCUUCUGAAAAAGGUAAAAAAAUCCUCUAAAAGCUGCUGCUCUAACUGCUAUAUGUUGUGGGAAGGCAAGGCUAUGGUGGUGGACAAAGGCUAGUGCCUUGUCAACAAGGUGUGAUGCCACUUUCAUCCAAGUGUAGUCACUGUUAUGGAUGCCUGUUUCUACCAAGGCUUGUUUUAUCCUGUCCUCAACAGUGGGACACCUAUUUUUGGAGCUGUCUGACAGCAGUUGUUAAACCCUGUUAUUUUCAGAGCAGUGACCCAGGCAGGUGGAUGCACAUUGGAGGAAGUAACUGGUGGUUAGAAGCUACUGGUGCUAGCAUUAAAUGUACCAGUUUGUGCCACUUGUUACCUUUCAGCUUGAAGAUGAUUAACCAUAUUUGCACUUAUUAUAAAACAGGUGUUUAAUACCAUACUUUCAGUGUAAAUGAAUCACUCUAGAUGAGGAACUACUGAGAUUUUACAGGUGUCAAAUCUUUCAUUUACACACUAGCCUCUUAAUGACCUUUUCUCUUUAUAAAAUGUUAUAAACUGCUGUACCUUAAUAGUAAGGAUGGCUUUUGUAGAGCAACUUAACCUGUGCAGUGAUAUUUAGAAGCAAAAAAUAAUUAAAUGCCUUCUGAUCCUGGGCUGUUUCAUAUGUGAACAGGUGCUGUCAGAAACCACCAGAGGACAGGGGUGCUGGAAUAAUUUUUAUAGUGGGGGUGGUGAGACAGUGAACCAAACAGUAAACCCCCUAUGGAAUGGAAACCACUUCAAGUCAGGGGCUGUGAAAGCACCAAUGCUUGGCAAAGAUCUGUUGAAGAUAUGCUGCAUCUCUGCCAGGGCUUGUUGUAGCACUUCACCCUUGAGAACUGUCAAUUUGCAGCAGCCAGGGGGCCUUGGCUAGAGACUUGAUCAAUAUUAUAGUAGCAGCUGAGUCCCCAGAUCAGGGCUCUAUUGUGCUAGGUAUUGUACAGAGGUCUAUGCCAAGGAGUGCUUCAACCAAGUCAAUUUGUCCACAUUAAGUAUAAUCAGUUCAAUUUUGCUUUAGGCUACAGACCACUGCUUUUUCCCCACUAAGGGUGGGAUGUGAAUAGAGAUACUAACUCCUCUGCUAAUCACCUCAGGUUCACUGCUAUGCCCCUCUAUCCCUGUAAUAGCAGUGCUAGUGAGGACACCAGCAGCAUAUACAUUUGCCAAUUGCAGCACAAGGGUGGAAGCUUGAUGUGGAAUGUAACUUUUAAAAAAGUACCUAAAUAGUACAUAUACUGCUACUGAAGUGAGUCAAACAUAUCUGUACUUUACCCCCCCACCAAAAGCAUGCACCUGAAGUUCUUUAGCCACAGCUAGGCUACACUCAAAUGAAACAGCACAGGAGUUCAGCACAAAGCCAGCAGCUCACUGCUUUGAGAGCAUAAGACCCUCUGUGGCAGAUAACUGAACUAGGGCAGGCAGUAAACUCCUGUUCAGCUAUUCAGAGUCAAGUUAGAUGAGAAGGGUAUUUCUACUCAGUGGUGCUAGGACUAUUCCUUGAGUCUGAGAAACUUUAGAGCAGGAGCGAAGUGUUUAAAGCAGCAUAAAGCUUAAGCCUAUUUCCUUUUCAGUUUUUUUCCUUCUGUACUCCAAGUGUGUACUAAAUUGUAUGGGAAUGUAAAUAACCUGUCAGUUCCAGACUGAUAGUCUACAGCAUUAGACCCAGGAGAGUUUUAAGUUCAGGGUACAUUCUAUUUUAAGGAAAACCCACACUGAGACCUGUUCCACAUUAGUGUGUCAAAUUUAGCUGUUGCCUUCAUUUUUAAAUUCACCCAUCUACACACCAAACCCUGUUCUGUUGACCUAAAGGACUCUUGACUUCUGUACGCCUCCCUAGCAAGGGGAGUAGCACUAAAAUCAACUUUGCUGGGUUGAAUGGUAUUGGCCUCCAGGCGCUAUCCCAUAUUGUUCCUUUGUGACUACUCUGGGCAGCACUUUGAACGCCAAUGCACUAGCCAGGUACACAGGAAAAGCCCCAGGAACUUUUUAAUUUCAUUUCCUGUUUGGUCACCAUGGCAAACUCAGCAGCACAGGUGACCAUGCAGUCCCCCCAGAAUCAGAGUGUAGAAUAUUUCUACACUCCCCCAAUCAUCUGUCCCUAAGGUUAUCAGCUUAGAAGGCACAAGCACACACACCCCACCCCUCACUAGGACAGGGGUCAGCAACUUUUCAGAAGUACUGUGCCAAGUCUUCAUUUAUUCACUGAUUUAAAGG